GUAGGCAAUGAGCUCGGGGCGGGGAAACCGUACAAAGCGAAGCUAGCUGCAAUGGUUGCGCUAGCCUGUGCAUUUGUUAUCGGAUUUGUCAACAUUAUUUGGACCGUGAUGUUUAGGCAUAAGUGGGGUGGCUUGUUUACAGAAGAUGACAUGCUCAAGGCUCUUGUUGCCUCAGUUUUGCCAAUCAUCGGGUUGUGCGAGCUUGGCAAUUGUCCACAGACCACUGGCUGUGGUAUUCUACGUGGUACAGCGAGGCCAGUGGUUGGUGCUCGUAUCAACCUUGGCUCGUUCUAUUUCGUGGGCACUCCUGUAGCUGUAGGCUUAGCCUUCUGGUUCCAUGUUGGCUUCAGUGGACUAUGGUUUGGGCUAUUAUCUGCUCAAGCUGCCUGUGCCAUCUCAAUUCUGUAUGUAGUGCUGGUCUGUACAGAUUGGGAAAGCGAAUCUUUAAAAGCCAAAAAGCUCACUAGCUUGGAGUUGACACAGAAGCAUGGUAAUGAUGAAGAGAAAGGACUUUUGAUGAAGCAGAAUGGACACACAGAAGAUGUUCCCUAA